AAUGUAUUCGUUCGAUCGGAACAGUUGGAAUCGAAGCAACAAAUUUUUAGCGACCGAUGAGACGACGACGGCUCGAGUGUAAAAGCUGCGAAUUUUUAUGUGAUUUUGUAAAUUGUGAGGGCUAAGAAAAUAAAGAAAAAGUCGCUAGUGAUUUUAUCAAAUUGUAUACGCGUGUGAAACAAUAAGAAAUAUGCGUAAACGCAAGUUGAAGUGCUAAAGAGACGAAUACAAUAUAAUUGAAAUCAGGCGAGCAUUAAUUACGAUUAAAAUAUAUAUAUAUAAACUGAAUUGAAUCAGAAAGGAAUGAAAAAGUGAAAUAGUGUGGCCAGCGCGAAAAACGUGAAGAUAUAGCAAUUGCAUAUAUAGCAAAGAACAUAAAGACAUCGCGGUGGAGAUCUUUAGGAUUUUGCUGAUUUCAUUUCAUCACUUGCGGUAGCUGCGAAUUAUUUUCGCAGCGCGAACAUUACUUCCAUAUGUAUAUCCAUACUCCAGAAAAUUGUUGAAAAACAAUGUCAUCAAAAAGAUUUGUAAAAUUUGAAUUCUAAAUUCAAAGCCCCAUAAAGUAAUCUUCCUAAACUCACUUGGGUAAUUCCUUGAGUUUAUUUCAGCACCAUAAGCUGCAGGAAUAAGUUGUGUAUUAAUUAAUUGUCUAUUGUUUGUAAUACACACAUACGCACGCACACACAACAUCAGAUAGUUGAUUAGCGUGAGAGAGCAACAACUAUCGUCAGCUUUCAAAGUGUACGUAUUGUACUAAGCGUAAUACUAACAAUUAGCCUAAUGGUAUUGUUAACUCUAGAUUUUUAUGUUGCAGACUGAAAAGUACGAGUUAGCUGCUGAUCGUACUCUGGAAUUUGUGGGUAAUAAUAUAUUCAAAAGAAAGCUUAGAGUUAAAAUUAAAAGAUUAAGAGCAUACAAUUUGGAGGAAAAUAUGACCACAGAUACCCGCCGACGUGUUAAAUUGUACGCUUUGAAUGCAGAGCGGCAAUGGGAUGAUCGCGGCACAGGACAUGUAUCUUCGAAUUAUGUCGACAGGCUUAAAGGUAUUUCAUUGCUGGUGCGUGCCGAAUCGGAUGGUUCUUUACUUUUGGAAAGUAAAAUUCAACCCGACACCGCCUACCAAAAACAACAGGACACACUGAUCGUUUGGUCAGAGGGCGAUAAUUUCGAUUUGGCAUUAAGCUUUCAAGAGAAGGCUGGUUGUGAUGAAAUAUGGGAGAAAAUUUGUCAGGUUCAAGGUAAAGAUCCAUCAGUUGAAAUAACGCAAGACAUUGUUGAGGAAUCCGAAGAUGAACGUUUUGAAGAUAUGUCCGACACAGCACCGCCCAUUGAAUUGCCGCCAUGUGAACUAGCACGUCUGGAGGAGAUCUCCGAAACCAUACAGAAUUGUUUGACCACACCAUUGCGAAAGGAGAAACUCUCCAUGGCCUUGGAAUCCGAAAAUUAUAUAAAAAAAUUACUAAAUCUAUUCCAUGUAUGCGAAGAUCUCGACAAUACCGAGGGUUUACAUCAUCUCUUCGAGAUCUUCAAGAACAUAUUCCUAUUAAACAAGAAUGCAUUGUUCGAGAUUAUGUUCGCUGAAGAUACUAUUUUCGAUGUGGUUGGCUGCCUAGAGUAUGAUCCCAGUUCCACUCAACCAAAGAAGCAUCGUCAGUAUUUAAAACAAUGGGCCAAGUUCCGCGAAGCAGUACCGAUUAAAAAUCAAGAUCUGCUCGCCAAAAUCCAUCAAACGUUCCGUGUACAAUACAUACAAGACAUUAUAUUGCCAACACCAUCGGUAUUUGUCGAAGACAACAUGUUAAACACGCUAUCCAGUUUUAUAUUCUUCAAUAAAGUGGAAAUUGUCACACUUAUACAAGAAGAUGAGCGCUUCCUGGUCGAUAUGUUUACCAUUUUAACAGAUCCAAGUACCAGCGAUGCCAAGCGUCGCGAUAUUGUGCUAUUCUUAAAGGAAUUUUGCAAUUAUGCACAGAACUUGCAACCACAGGGCAAAGACUCUUUCUACAAGACACUCACCUGUUUGGGUAUAUUGCAAGCUCUGGAGAUAACACUGGUGAUGAACGAUCAAAAAACAAAAUCCGCUUCAAUCGAUAUACUCACUGCAAUUGUGGAGUUCUCACCGUUGGUGGUGCGCAACUACACAUUACAGCAGGAGGUCAAUCGUACAGAAGGUGAUCGUAUGCUGUUGAAUAUUGCCAUUGAACAAAUGUUAAGCGAUUCCGAACCCGAACUUGGUGUCGCAGUGCAAUUAAUGGGCAUCAUUAAAAUUUUAUUGGAACCCGAAAGUAUGCUAACGGAGAAGGCAGAAUUUUUGAACUUCUUCUAUAAGCACAGCAUACAAACGCUGAUUGCUCCACUACUUAUUAACACAAUCGGCGAUCGUCCAGAUAGUGAAGACUACCAAACCGCACAAUUGCUUGGCAUUGUCUUGGAUAUAUUGUCAUUUUGUGUGGAACAUCAUACUUAUCAUAUUAAAAACUUUAUCAUACAAAAAGAUCUCCUAAAGAGAAUACUUGUGCUUAUGAAAAGCACACAUACGUUCCUCGUACUUGGCGCACUUAGACUUUUAAGGAAAAUUAUUGCACUUAAAGACGAGUUUUAUAAUAGGCAUAUAGUUAAAGGUAACUUAUUUGCACCAGUUGUUGACGCAUUCAUUAGAAAUAAUGGCAGAUAUAAUUUACUCGAAUCGGCUAUACUGGAAUUGUUUGAGUUUGUAAAACUUGAGGAUAUUAAAACGCUUUGCGUCUACUUCGUGGAGAAUUUCAGUAAAAUAUUUGAUGAAAUCGAAUAUGUACAAACAUUUAAAUAUCUCAAAAACCGUUACGAUCAGUAUCAAGACCGAAUAAAGGAUCGCGACAAGAUGUCGCUGGAUACUAGCUUACCGAUUAUACGUAGUCGCUUCCGCCGCGAUCCGCGACAGAUGGACGACGAAGAAGAGAUGUGGUUCAAUGAGGAAGAAGAUUUCGCCGAUGAAUAUGAUACUUACAACAGCGUAAUGAAAUCCGUCACCGAAAAGAAUGGCCCUUCACAAUCUCCGUCACAACAAUCAUCGAUACAACAAAAAUCGCCACCACAAGGCGCAUUGCUAGGCAGCAGUAGCAGCGUAAAUAGUUUGAGCUCCACAACGACCACGGCAACGACACUAACACCGGCUGUAGGCGUGAGCGGCGUCGGCGGUGUAUCAUCCAUCAGCGGUGUGAGUCUCAGUGAUGUGGUUUCAAAUGCGUCCAACAGUAGUAGCCUUGAUCAUUCACAGUCUGCCGCUGCUGCCACACAGGCGCAUUUAGGUGCAGCUGCUGUUGCCGCCAACAUUGCGCUCCACCAUCAACAGCAAACGGCAUUGCAUAAUUUCCAACAACAACAGCAGCUAAAUUUAAAUAGCACCCUAGUGGCAGCAGCUGCUGCCGCCGCGGCUGGUGUGGCCAGUACAUCGGCAGCUAGUGCCGCACAUUUAGAGGCGCAAAAUCAGCAUCAACAUCAACAUCCCGAACAUACACACGAGGAUCCCGAUAUUGUUGAAUUGCGUCAGCAUUUGGUUUCCAUUGUACCACAACAUCAAGAAUUGGCAUUAGCCGCUGCCGCAACGUCAUCAUCAACUGCCGUCACGGGGUCCGCAUCAUCAGCGGUUGCCGCGCUGCAAUCGCAGUCAUUAUCAUCCACAUCGAUAGCGACACCAUCCACAUCAACCGCGCUGUCCGAGUCGGCGGUCGCCGCCGCAGCAGCAGCCUCACAAUUGCUAACAUCAAUCGCAUCGAGCGAUGCCGUCGCUGCGGUGGCAGCGGCUGCAGCCGCAGCUGUCGCAGCCACUGUGACUGGCGUGACGCCCAAUAUGGGUGGCGGCGGUGGCGUGGUAACUGCGGCUAAUUUGGCAGCGGCUGCAAAUGCUGCGGACACGCUGGCGCUCAAUGUUGGCAAGCACAACGACAGUGUCGAUAAUAUGGGUAACGGUAACGGCAAAGAUGGCGCUAUUUCGUCCGUCAUGACUGGGAAGAAGGGUCUCGUCGACUAUGAGAGCGAUUCUGGCGAUGAGGAUGACUACGAGGAGGAGGAAGAAGAGGAGUCGCCGCAUCAGAAGAAGCCACGCAUGGCAUAGCAAAAUUACGCUACUAACGCAGCGGCUGCGGCGGCAGCAGCAGCGGCAGCGGCAGCUGCAGAAUCAAUUAUUAAAACAUUCGCAACAAUGUCUUCAACACAUUACAACAACAACUGCAACAAUUUGUAAAAGCAAUAGCCAUAUAAAUGCAACGCUUGCAGUAGUAACCAGUGCCGUACACAAGAGUACAUGCCAAGAGCUGCAACAACAACAACAAUUACAACAAUAGGUGUAACAGAUAUACAAUAAACACAGAGCGAAAAACAAUUAGCGAUAAUAAAACAACAACAACAACACAACAACCAGUUUUGGUCAAUGUGACAGAACAACAACAACAACAACAACAAAUACAACUAGCAUAGCCAGCAAACUAAAUAAGAAGAAGAAUGCGAACGUAAGAGACUCUGAAGGUCUUGAUUGUCUUGUUUAUACUGACACUGCAGAUGGAUGGGACGGCAGACAAAAGUAAUAUAAUAUAAAAAAAAUGAAAGAAACGUACAUACAUAAUUUUACAUAGAUACAUAAAUACAUACUACAUACAAGUAUAUAACGCGUAAUCUACUAGAGAAUAAAUAAAAUAAAAUAAAAUGAAAUUAAAUUCGCAAAAUACUAAUUAAAUAAAUUUUGUCGAACUACAAAUACAUGCAUACAUAAUAUAAUAAAUAUAUAUAUGAACGGAAGAGCUGAGUUGAGAGUUUGUUGGAAGUCAAACAAAUCUUAAAAGCAAACAAAAAAAGUUAUAUUGAGAGAAAAAAUAUAAACAACAACAAACACAUCAGAAAUAACAAAUUGCUAGCAAGCAAUUGAAGGAUGAUGCCAGUUGAACUCAUACUUCAUCUAUUUACUUUACGAAUUAACAAAAUGUAAUAGUCUUCAUCGUCGUUGUUGUCGUCGCAAUGUUAAAUCUAAUUUAAUGGGGACCGCUAAAUUAAUUUAAAGGAUAAAAAGAAAUAUAUUUAAAAUAAUGGUAACAAUUUCUACGAUAUUAAAACGAUGAAAAAACACCUGCAGUGCGUUAUCAAAAAUGCUGUUGUUAAGCCGUAACACCUGAAAUGCCACUACUUUUGAGGUCAAAAAACGAUUGCCUUAUGCAAAAGCAUGCUGGUGUCUUGCUGGUAGUGCAAAACUACCAGCUUGGUCGGUUAAUAACAGUUAUUUGCGAUAACUCAUUGCAGUGCGCGCAGUCGUAUGUAAACAAAAGCAAAUAAAUUAAUGAAAUUGAAGGCGGAAAAGAAAAUGAGUUGUAAAUUACAAAGGAAUUUGCUAAAUUAUGCCAACUAGCGAUGUGUCAAACUACUUUCACUUUAAAGUCGAAAAUUUGCUAGUAGAACCGACUGAGGUUUGCUUAAAGUUGUCGUUAAUACUUGUCUUUUUUUUUUUUAUAUGUUUUUAUAUAAUCUGUUUGUUGUUUUUUCAUCCUCAAAGCUUUUACGGAACGAAUUAGUGCGUUUUUGCUAUUUAUGGUUUGUAGCGCUCGCUCCUUUUAAUUAUAGAAAGAAAACAGCUUGCUAAGAGACAGCAAUUUUCUUAAAUUAUUCAUGUCAAGCAAUCGAUAGUGAUUUAACUACACUUUGGUACAACAACAAACCUACCGAACAUUACACACACACACACUAAUAAACACAACCAGACGCACAAGUUCAAUCACCUAUUCACAUUGAACCAAGUUUGAGGCACAUUAUAUACGAUAAUGAAACAUUAAAAAAUACGCUUAGCAUUAUUAAAACUUAACGGCAGUAAUAUAAUAUUUAAAAAAGAAAAUUAAUUUUGAAAAGUAACGAUUUUGUAAUAUAUAAAAAUGUUUGCAUAUGUAAAAAAAAAACUAAAUGUAAAUUUACGUGCUUACAUAUCAAAUUUUAUACGAUAUCCUGUAUACACUAUAUAUGCUCCGAAAAUUGUUUAAUUAUAUAUAUUUUUUUCAAUUAAAAAAUUAAUUUUUAGCAUACAAAAACCAUGGAAUAUUCACUCAUGGCGUUAAAACCUUUGAUUGUGUACAUUUUCAUUUGUUUUUGGUACAGCAUAUAUAUGUAUAUAUGUAUAUUAAUUAUUUUAAACCACACCAGUUUAGCAUUUGCAUAAUUUUACACUUUCUCUUUUGUAAAAAAUUGUACUAAAAUUUGAUACCAUUCGCUAGUGAAUGAGUGAAUAGAGUGAGAAUAGCGGUUUUUAUAGUAACUAUGCGUCGUUCUAUUAGUUUUUACAGUUUCCGAAUUGAAAAAAAACUUGCUGCAUUGUGAAUAUGUGUCUAUAACUCGCUGGUUGUAAUGUACCACACAUGGAUUUUUAUAAUUCAUGCUUGAUUAUUUAAUAGGGGAAGUAGAGGUGUUAUUAAUUAAAUAUAUAUUUAUAUAACAAAUGUAAAUAAUAUAUUUCCUUAAUUCGGUGAAUUUUUUAUUAAUUUUUUUUUUAUAUAUUUUUUUAAAUUUUUUUUACAUUUUUUUUAAUUUUGGUUUUUAUUUUUUAAUUUUUUUUUUUUAAUAAUUUUUUUUUUUUAAUAAUUUUGAUCAAACACAAAUCUUUUUCUACAACAAAACUUCAACUCAUUUCUUUUACGCCUUUCUAUUCAAAUUUUAGAAAGAGUUGUUAUUUUUUUUUAGAAGCGUCGUUUCAGACAUUUCCAGCUAACGUUAUGCUUUAAAAAAUAAAUUAAUUUAAAUUUGCACUUUCAAAAACACUCGAAAACUUAAUUCAAAGAUUUGAAAAACUAAAAGAAAAAAGAACGAUAUGUAUGUAUGUUUUCAUUAGUUUUUAUUGUAAUAUAAACAAAUACAUAUACUUUAGUAUACACAAUUGAUUACGUUUAGGUCCAUACAUAUGCAUAAAUAUAUAUUAUGUAUUAUAUUAGUUAAGUAAAAGAAAAGAACAAAAUAAUAAAUGAUAUGUAAAAUGUAUCAUUAAUAAACGUUUAUAUUCAUAUACAAACACAAAACACACACACACACACAUACAUACAAACAAUGAUAAUAACGUAAACCCGGCUCCAUAGGCAUAAACUUACCUAUCUAUACAUACAUAUAUAUACAUACAAGUAUGUAGUUUACAUAUAUUAUACGAGUAAGGCUUAUUUGUAGACUGUAGCAUAACGAAAAAUUAUUUCACAUACAGUACACUUAAUUCAUACAAUACAUACGCACAUAUAUUUCCUUUAAUUAUAUCGUUUGUCUGUCGUUUUUAUUCGUUAAUUUUUCGAUUCUCAUGUUUGCUGGGAUGUUGUUAGUUCUUAUUUCGAACGUUAUGUAAUCCCCGCCCUGCAGUGAAAUACGCUGCCUUAGAAGUGGUGUGAACCGCAAAUUUUACUUUUCUGCGUACUAGCUUUUUUCAUAGCUGUAGAGGGUAUUUUCUAAGGCCAUGUUCAACAAGGUGUCAGUUGUCAGAUGUUCGUCAGUAAGCUACCAGUUUUAUACUAGUUUACAAAAAAAAAAAAAACUGGUACCGGUACAUACUCGUAAUAUGGC